UAAAGAAACCAAGGCGAAGAGGAAGAGGAAGCUGAUUGUAGACAGUGUGAAAGAACUGGACAGCAAGACCAUCAGAGCCCAGCUGAGUGACUACUCUGAUAUAGUUACUACACUGGACUUGGCACCUCCCACCAAGAAGCUAAUGAUGUGGAAGGAGACUGGAGGAGUCGAAAAACUUUUCUCUCUUCCUGCUCAGCCUUUGUGGAACAACCGAUUGUUGAAGCUCUUCACCCGCUGUCUUACACCUCUUGUACCAGAAGACCUCAGAAAGAGGAGGAAAGGUGGAGAGGCUGAUAACUUGGAUGAGUUCCUUAAAGACUUUGAGAACCCUGAAGUGCCCCGUGAGGAGGUGCCUCAGCGUAAUGUGAUCGAUGAGCCCAUCUUGGAAGAACCAAGCCGCCUCCAGGAAUCCAUGAUGGAAGGUAGCAGGACCAACUUGGAUGAAUCAGUCAUGCCACCGCCUCCACCUCAGACAGGCGUAAAGCGAAAGGCUGCACAAGUGGAACCGGAGCCUGUCCUACCU